AUGGAUAGGUCAUGGGUGCAUGCUGAUAGGAGAUCUCAUGAAUAUAAGUUAGGGGUGGCAGAGUUUUGUCAGUUUGCUUUGGGAAAUGCUAGAGACCCUAACCGUAUUUGUUGUCCUUGCACAAAGUGUGGAAAUGUGAAAGAUUUUUCUGCACAAGUGAUAAAGGAUCACUUGUUUGUAAAUGGGAUUGACACAGAUUAUGUGAAAUGGACAGAACAUGGGGAGGUUGUAGUGGAGUCGGGAUCAUAUACGGAUAGUGAAAGUCUUGAAUCAGAGCCAAUUGAAUCUGACUCUGUACAUGGUAACAUGAGGGUAGAUUAUGAAGUAGAAUUAGAUAGUGAUGUGGAGUUGGAAGGUGAUGAGGAUGAGGAGCUUUCGAGUGAGUGUAAUGAAUUCAAGAAAUUUGUUGACGAUGCCAACAAACCCUUGUACCCUGGUUGCAAUAGGCACACCAAGAUGAAUGUGCUUGUGAGGCUUUACAACUUGAAAGCCAAGCAUGGGAUGAGUGAUUCGGCUUACUUGGACUGGUUGAUUGCCUUUGCUGAGUAUCUGCCGGAAGGAAACGAGAUACCUUCCUCUGUGUACGAAGCAAAGAAGAGUUUGAGUGCAUUAGGAAUGGAUUACACCAAAAUACAUGCCUGCCCUAAUGACUGUAUUCUGUACAGAAGACAAUAUGCCGAUGACACUAUUUGUCCUACAUGUGGUACAUCUAGGUGGAAAAUAUGCAAAAACAAGAAAGAAAGAGAGGGAGUCCCUGCAAAAGUGUUAUGGUAUUUCCCUCCUAUUCCUAGGUUCAAAAGAAUGUUUCAAUCAACUGAAACAUCAAAGGCCUUAACUUGGCAUGCCACCGAGACAAACAAGGAUGGCUUAAUUCGCCAUCCUGCUGAUUCUGCGGCUUGGAAGUUGGUAGAUGAAAAAUGGGCAGAUUUUGGUAAUGAGCCACGAAACCUACGACUUGCAUUGUCAACGGAUGGGUUCAAUCCCUUUAGCUCCUUAAGCAGCAAGUAUAGUUGUUGGCCCGUUAUUUUGGUAACCUAUAAUCUACCUCCAUGGUUGGUAAUGAAGAGGAAACACAUGAUGCUUACCUUAUUGAUAUCGGGCCCUAAACAACCAGGAAACGACAUCGAUGUUUACCUUGAACCAUUAAUAGAUGACUUAAAGCUGCUAUGGGAAGGGGUGAAUGGAGUUUACGAUGCCAUCAAAAAUGAAACUUUUACUCUUAGGGCUCUACUAUUCUGGACAAUCAAUGAUUUUCCAGCGUAUAGUAACCUUUUAGGGAGUAUAGUGAAAGGCUACAAUGCAUGUCCGAUUUGCCUUGAUAAAACAAAACCUACAAGGCUAGUUCACGGGGGAAAGAUGGCCUACACCAUUCAUCAGCAAUUUUUAGGAAGACACCAUCCUUACCGAAAGCUAAGGGCUACUUUCAAUAACCAGCCAGAACAUGUAGCAGCUCCAGUGCCAUUGACUGGAGAAGAAUUGUUGAGCAGGGUGGAGGCUGAAGUUCCACAUUGGCCGUUUGGAAAAAAAAAACCUGCUCCUGCUUAUAGGGGGGCUGAGGAUGAAACUAAGCCAUGUUGGAAGAAGAAGUCGAUAUUCUUUGAGCUUGAAUAUUGGAAGUAUCUCCCUGUUAGGCACUGCCUUGAUGUCAAGCACAUUGAAAAAAAUGUGAGUGAUAGUCUAAUAGGGACGUUGUUGAACAUUCCAGGAAAAACCAAAGACGGCUUGAAAACUCGUUUGGACUUGGCGGAAAUGGGUAUAAGAUGUGGAUUGCACCCAAAUCUAGAUGGUCUGAAAAAGAAGCGCUUGCCAUUGGCAAGCUGGAACCUAACAUUAGAUGAAAAAAGAUGUAUGUGUGGAUCAUUUCAUGGCAUGAAGGUUCCUGAAAACUACUCUUCAAACAUUUCAAACCUUCUUUCAAUGGAUGAUUUGAGGCUGAUUGGACUUAAAUCCCAUGAUUGUCAUGCGUUAAUGCAACAGCUGCUCCCAAUUGCUAUCCGAGGGGUGUUGGAAAAACCGGUCAGGGUUGCAGUAAUCAGGCUUUGCCGUUUUUUUAAUGAAAUUUGCAGCAAGACUAUAGAUGCUUCAAGGCUUCCCAAAAUCCAAAGUGAUCUGGUCGAAACUUUGUGUGAGCUUGAGAAGUACUUUCCGCCAUCUUUCUUUGACAUAAUGAUUCAUUUAACAGUCCACUUGGUUAGAGAAGUUGAGCUAUGUGGACCGGUUUGCUUCCGAUGGAUGUAUCCUUUCGAAAGAUAUAUGAAGGUCUGUAAGGGCUAUGUUAGGAAUAAAACGCAUCCGGAAGGGACUGUUGGCAUCCCAAAAGAAAACAUCACAGCUGACAAGCCUACCUCUGGUGCAACUGUUGAGUCUGUUUAUGGCAAAGAAUUUCAGCAAGCUCAUCUCUGCGUGCUUCAAAACACUGAAGAAUUUAGAAGCUACUUUUUGGAACACACGGAACAGUUGAAGAGGGAGUUUCCCAAGAACAAAAAGAAUAAAAAGUGGUUGGUGGACAAACAAAACAUGACUUUUGCUCAGUGGGUGAAGGAGAGGGUUGAAUCAAAGGUUGCUGAACCAGGUUGUGAUGUCCCUGAGAUUGUGAGGUGGCUAGCAGAUCAACCAAGCCAUGAAGUCCCGAAGUUUAGUGGUUACCGAAUAGGGGGAGUGCAAUAUAACACUAAGUUGCGCGAUGAUCUUAGGUCGACACAAAGCAGUGGGGUUUAUUUGGUUGCUAAGACUCCUCAAGUAGCUAGUGCUAAGGAUAAAAACCCUAUUACUGAAGACAUGAGCUUCUAUGGGGUGAUUACCGAAAUAUGGGAGCUUGACUAUGGUCAUUUUAGGGUUCCUAUUUUUAAGUGUGAUUGGGUAGAGAAUGAGAAGGGUGUUAGAGAAGAUGAUCUUGGGUUCACUUUAGUUAAUUUAAAUAGGAAAGGUUAUCUAAAUGACUGUUUUGUUUUGGGAAAAAGUGUGCAGCAAAUAUUUUAUGUUGAAGACCCUGUAGAUCAUAGGUGGGCAGUUGUGGUGAGAGUCCCAAAAAGAGAUUACAUUGAUUCUAUUCAGGAGGAUGAUGUUGGGGACACCAUUCUUUCCCACCCCCCCAUCGCAACUACAAUGCCAGCUAUUCAGUCACAUGAUAACUCUCAAGAUGAGGAGCCAAUGGGUUAUAGGCGUGCAGGGAAUGAGGAUAUAGUAGUUGAGGGAGAGUAG